AUGUCGCAGCCCUUGCGCUAUCCUGUUGAGCAAUUUGUUCAUCGGCGAAAUGGACCUCAUCUACCUCAACCUAAUGGCUAUUAUGGAAGCGGGGCUCCUUAUAUGAACGGACACAACGAUUCAUUCCCUCCUUAUUCAAAUGGAUAUGGUGUUCAUGGUUUCGUGGCCGAACCAUCCGGCUUUUAUCCACAGGUGCCUCCUCCAAUAGUGCCACCUGAAGGCACCCCGAACGAUACGAGCUAUCAUACAAACACGAUUCCGCCGCCUCCUCCUCCACAUUACUAUCAGCCAGGAGAUUAUCAGUGUUACUAUGGUCAUCAGUAUCCCAUUUCUAACACGUGCUACCAUGCCUCCGUCCAGCAGCAAUAUCUAGUCCAUGUUCCCAGACCAACAGGCCCCUCCGCCUCACAGCCUGCUCCUAUACAUCCUCGAAGAACAGCACCGUCUAAGUCCGAUGAUCCCGAAGCGAAGCUUUUUGUUGGAGACCUUCCUGUCAACAUGAACAAGAGGGACUUGAUUAAUGCAUUGGAAUGGACAUUCAGAGAAUUCGGAGAAUGUAAAGUGAAUGUUCAUUACAAAACGAAGUAUGGAUCUAAGGGUGUGAUGACAUUGCCAACUGGUUGGAUUCAGUACAGGAAUAUGUUUGAGGCAGCGAUGGCAUUGGACGUCGCAAAGGAGCAGGGUUUCAGCAUCAGAGGGCGUCCAAUGAGAAUCGAUCAAGCUGAUGCAAAGAGAAUCUGUCGUAUGUGGCCAACUAGGGAUUAUGCAACACCAAGCCUUGAUGAUUUUAAGCAUGCCAUCCGUCAAUAUAUCGAUCAUGUUGGCCGAAAAUCAGGAAAUUACAUGCUGUUUCACGUCUCUAACAGCGUUGAGAUGGUCGAAAAGCAUAAGCCAUAUGAUUGCAAAGUACCCUCCGUAGGAGUUGUGUUUCGAUGGGUUGAGGACGCAAAUUACUUAGUGCGGAAACUCCCCAAAUUUAAUUACGAGUUUAAACUCGAAAUUGAGCAUGUCAACAGCGGAACGCCGGGAUGGAGAGAAGGCCCCGCGAGGCUACGGGAUCUGGAUGCCCUUAUGUUAGAAACUGGGGAUAAAUGGCAGGAAAAGCUGGAGAUUUCUCGCCGCCGUCUUCAAACGAAGGGUGAGGAUUUUCCAAGCGGAAAGACGGCCAGAUACCCGGACCGCAUCAGUAAGAAGUUGAUCCCUCGCAGUAUACUCGAACAUUCGAGACGGGAGAAGGACGUCUUUGUUUCCGAUCCUGAUUCUUACGACUCUUUGGCUCGGUUCGACGUACAUCGAGAGUCUCCCACAUUGCGUGCAAGGGCUAUCAAUUCCAAGAGAAUGGGUUUGCAUAUCGCCGAGUUUUGCCUACGUGGACAGUGGGGUCGAAUUCCACAGGUGCGUGGCUCAGCAAUUUUCGUGAAACAAGCACUCGCUGAUCUGUUGGACUGGAAAGUUCGCGAUACACCUACAAGAAUGUUUGAUCGAGUCAAAAAGAGACUAAACGCAAUGACCGGCAACACCAAAUACAAGCUCACUCAAGAGCAGAAGGACCAUUUCAUGAAAUAUGGCUAUCUUCGAGUCCCCAACUGCUUCACUCCAGAAAAGGCGGCGGAAUGGACUAAAGACGUUUGGACUCGUCUGGGUUAUUCGCCCACCGAUAAAGAGACGUGGACAUCCGAGAGAAUCCACAUGCCCCCGCAUCGUCAUGAGCCUGUCAAGUCCUUCGCCCCGAAGGCUUGGGCCGCGAUUUGCGAAGUUGUCGGUGGUGAAGACCGUGUUUUGGAGGAGGCUGCUCUUUGGAAUGAUGCAUUAAUCGUUAAUCUGGGUACCAAAGAAGCCGAAGGCAAACCAUGGCCUCAUCCGAAGGAAAUAUAUGGAUGGCAUGUCGAUGGUGACUUUUUUGUUCAUUUCCUUGACUCGCGGGAGCAGGGAUUACUAGUCAUUCCACUUUUCAAUGACAUUGUUGAGCAUGCUGGUGGCACACUCAUUUGUCCUGACUCGAUUCCACACAUGGCAAGAUAUUUGUAUAAUCACCCGGAAGGUGUCUCACCCGACAUGAUUCCUCGUGGUGGCCAGCUCGAACCUGAAUAUAAAGAUGGCUUCUAUACACAGAUAAUCAGCCAGUGUUCGGAAUUUCACGAGAUGACUGGCAAAGCGGGCGACGUUAUACUCCUACAUCCGCUCACAGUCCAUUCUGCAUCAGUCAACACCCUGCGUAUACCACGAAUAAUCACCAAUCCGCCGGUCACGUUGAAAGAACCCUUUCAAUUUAAUCGCAAAGAUCCCAAUGAGUUCAGUCUUGUCGAGCGAAAGACCCUUCAGUCCUUGGGUGUCGAUCGAUUGGAUGAUUGGAAGAUUGUGGGGGGGAGAGAAAUGAUUGUUCCCGAGCGGUUACGCGCACAAGCUGCGAUGAAAGAGGAGGAGAAAAAGAGAUUGGCUGCUUCAUAG